UCUCUCUCUCUCUCACUCUCUGCUCUAAUAUACUGAAAUUACAGAAAAACCAUAUUGUAUUGUUGGAGAGAAAACAGUUAUACAUUUGGAUGGUGAAUCCAUUGAACGUACAGAAGGAGAAGGGUUAAUAAAUUAUAUUAGUUAUCAGGAUGUCGGUGGUGCAAGAAAACAAUUGAAACAAAUCAGAGGAAUGGUUCAAUUAUCAUUUAGAUACCCAUAUCUAUUUAAAACAGCUAGUUUUGAACCACCACAUUUCCUAUUAUAUGGACCACGAGGCGUAGGCAAAAGAUUAAUGGCACGUGCCGUGGCAAAUGAAACUGGCGCAAAUUUCAUUUUAAUUAAUGGAAUGCAAAUAACGUGUGAAUCAGAUGGUAAACUAGAAGUAAUAUUAAGUGAAGCAUUCGAAGAAGCUAAAAAGAAAUCUUCAGCUCUCAUUUUCAUUGACGAACUUGAUCGUAUUGCAUCAAAACGUGAAAAAACUCAUGGCAAAGUUGAACAUAGUAUUGCAUUACAAUUAUUAAUAUUAAUGGAUGAAAUUAAAAAACAUUCACAUGUUACUGUUAUCGCUGCAACAAAUCGAUUCAAUGCAACUGAUUCAGAACUAUAUUCUUUUGAUUGUAAAUUAAUUAAUGAUAAAACACAUGACUAUGUUGGCGCAGAUCUAGCAUCAUUGAUUUCAAAAGCUGUCUCAAAGCGAAUUAAAGAAGAACUGGGUACCUUAGUAUUACAAGAAGAUGCAAUUGAUAGUGAAGUACUCAAUUCAUUAGUUGUUACAAAGCACAACUUUCUAUCUGCACUUAUUGAAUCAAAUCCACCUGCAUUACGUAAAACAAUUCUUGAAGUUUCAACAACAACAUGGGAAGAUAUUGGUGGUUUAGAUAGUGUUAAACUUCUUAAAUUUGGUAUGACAACAUCACGUGGUGUUCUGUUCUAUAGACCACCUGGUUGUGGUAGAACAUUAUUAGCAAAAGCUAUUGCUAAUGAAUGCCAAGCCAAUUUUAUUUCAAUUAAAUGUGCAGAGUUAUUAUUAAUGUGGUGUGGCGAAUCUGAAGACAAUUUACGUGAUGUAUUUGACAAAGCUCGUCAAGCAGCACCAUGUGUACUCUUUUUCGAUGAAUUAGAUUCAAUUGCAAAAGCUUGUGGUGGUGCCGCUAAUCGUGUUAUUAAUCAAAUUUUAACUGAAAUGGAUGGUAGGGGUACAACCAAUCGAUCAGAUAUCAUUGAUUCAGCUAUCCUUCGACAAGGUCGUCUCGAUCAAUUAAUUUAUAUUCCAUUACCUGGUGAUAAAUCGCGCAUGGCUGUUUUAGGAUCUACUUUAAGAAAAUCACCUGUAGCCAGAAAUGUUGAUAUGAAUUUAUUGGCUAGUGCAACCAAAGGUUUUAGUGGUGCUGAUUUAAUAGAAAUUUGUCAACGUGCUUUUAAAUUAGCAACUGAAGAAUUAAUCGUGAAAAAGAACGACAAUGUAAUGGACAUACAGCAAUGA